CUCCGACAAUAACAUAUGCGUGCUUAACUCUUCCCAUUUUCCUCCCCUUUUUGCCCUAAGAUCAUUAGGGUUUUAUCAUUUCUCAUGAUUUCUUAGCAAUUCUGAUGCUUUCAUCACUUACACAUCUAUCGACUAUUAUAUUUUUGUUGAUAUUGGUGGUUGUUUUGCCCUUUUUUGCUCUCGAUAGAGGGUUUCUGCGGCUCAGAUUUGCAGAAGUGUUCUUCCAACUGUACUCAUGCAGAAGCUCGUCGGUUACAGUGGGGAGGGUGAUUUUUCUCAUGGGAAGUCAAUGUACACAAACCCAAUGGAUUUGGGUAUAUUCACAUCUCAUGGACAUCACAUGGAAGUCUAUUCCUUACCUUGCAAGAGAUCCAGAUCCAGAAUCAGUGCCCCAUUUAUAUUCAAUGAACAAAUUCAUAAAAAACCAAAAACCACCAUUGAAAUCCUUCCAGACGAAUGCCUAUUUGAAAUCUUUAAACGCCUCAAUGGAACCCAAGAAAGAAGUUCAUGUGCUUCUGUCUCAAAACACUGGCUUAACCUAUUAAGCACAAUCCGAAAAGACGAAUUUACCCAUUCCUUAAACCAACAACAAAACGCCCACCUUUCAAGAUUCCUAAAAGGGAAAAAAGCUACAGAUAUCAGACUCUUAGCAAUUGCAGUUGGAGCAAGUAGUCAUGGAGGACUCGGAAGCCUUUCUAUAAAUGGAAACAAUGUCACUCGUGGCGUCACAAAUUUAGGCCUCAAAGCGAUUUCCCGUAAUUGCCCUUCUCUUACGGAUCUUUCUUUGUGGAAUCUAUCGUCCAUUUCAGAUGAAGCGAUUAUUGAAAUUGCUAACGAGUGUCAUAAUCUGGAAAAGCUCGAUUUUUGUCAAAUCCCGAUUUCCGAUAACUCUUUAAUUGCAAUCGCAAAAAAUUGCCCUAAUCUCAAAGAGUUAUCGAUAGAAUCUUGCUCAAAUAUUGGGAACGAAGGGCUUCAAGCAAUUGGUCAAAGUUGUCAAAAUUUAAAGUCAAUUUCAAUAAAGAAUUGUUCACAAGUUGUAGAUCAAGGAAUUACAAGUUUAUUAUCAUCAUCAUCAAGUUAUUCCUUGAUGAAGCUAAAGCUAGAAUCUUUAAACAUUAGUGACAUGUCACUAGCUGUUAUCGGACACUAUGGGAUUGAAAUUACUGAUUUAGCCCUGACCCGACUUUGUAAGGUGACCGAAAAGGGGUUUUGGGUAAUGGGCAGUGGUCAAGGCUUACAAAAGUUAAAGUCUUUGACUAUUACCUCCUGUUUUGGGGUUACUGACCUAGGGCUUGAAGCAUUGGGCAGAGGCUGCCCGAAUUUGAAACAGUUUGCCCUUCGAAAAUCCGCGUUUUUGUCUGAUAAUGGAAUCGUGUCGUUUGCUGAGGUGGCACUUUCACUUGAGACAAUUCUUCUAGAAGAAUGCCACAGGGUGACACAAUGUGGGGUUUUCAAUUUCGUUUUAAAAAGUAAGUUGAAAAAUCUUACUUUGGAGAAUUGUUUUGGGAUUAAAGAUUUGGUGCCCGGGAUUCCAAUUCCAUUCCGUUGCUCCGAUUCCGUCAAAUCUUUAUCCAUUCGAAACUGUCCCGGAUUUGGAAACAAUAGCUUGAUGUUGUUUGGACGAAUUUGCCCCCAGCUUCAAAACGUUGAAUUUAUCGGACUCCAUGGAAUUACAGAUGAAUGUUUUGCCCCACUCAUCGAGUGCUGCGAACCUGGUUUAGUUUCGGUCAGCCUUAGCAGCUGCCCGAAGCUGACCGAUAAAUUGGUUUCCGAACUCUGCAAGAUUCAUGGUGGGACACUCGAGAUCCUAAAUCUCGAUGGCUGCACCUCCAUCACUGAUUCCAGCUUGGUUUCCAUUGCAUCCGACUGCUUAUUGCUGACUGAACUUGGUGUUUCCGGAAGCGGAAUCACGGAUUCCGGAGUUAGAGCCUUGGCUUGUGCCGUGCAAUUGAAUCUUCAGAUUCUUUCAAUCUCGAACUGCCGUUUUGUGUCAGAUAAGAGCUUACCUUUCUUGGUGAAGCUCAGUGAAUCGCUCGUGGGGUUGAAUGUUCGACAAUGUCACGGAAUCAGCAAUUCCGGAGUUGGGCUUUUGGUGGAUCGUCUCUGGAAUUGCGAUAUCCUUUCCUAAAUUUGAUAAUCUUGGAUACCCUUUUCGCUAUCUGUCCAUAAUAUCAAUCCGUUUGAGUAGUAUGUUGAGUUUUAUAGGCGCUUGUGAUUCCGGAGUUGGUUCUUGUUUUUCCGGGGUAAUUGGAAUUGGAAUUGGCUGAUACCUCUCAUUUUUGCAGUUACAAAGUAACUGCUGCAAGAAUUUUUUUGCCUUUUUAAACGAGGGUUUUUAUAUUCUUGACAGCCAUAUACCCUUAAGAAUCUUGAUAACUAUCUUCUGGUUCUAGAGUCACCUUUUGCAAUGGUCCUAGUCGUGUUUUUUAGCUUGUCAUAAAGGGUAAAUUUGUCAUUUCACUUGUAAGAUUCCGUUUUCAUGUCUUGUAAGUCUUGAUUCCUUGAAGCAAAAGCUUGUUAGGGUUUGAACUCAGGGCAGUGAUGCCUUGUUUUUGGUGGGGCUUUGGCCAUGUCAGCAAAUUAUUUUGUCUGACAUUUUUUUUUUCCAAGGCUUCACUUGUUUGUGACCUGUUGAUCUAUUAUGUAAAUAGGAAUCAGUGUUUGCUGUAUAAGUUGUAUUAUAUGUCUGUUAAGAAUUAAUAAAUUUGUAAUUUGAUCUGUUA